AUGUCAGCCAGAAAGGGCUAUCUGCUCCCUUCGCCAAAUUAUCCCACAGCAAUGUCAUGCUCCGAGAGCCCGGCCGCGAACUCGUUUUUGGUGGAUUCUCUGAUCAGCUCGGGCAGAGGAGAAGGCGGUGGAGGCGGCGGCGGCGGCGGAGGAGGCGGCAGCGGCGGGGGUUAUUACCCUCACUACCUGCCACAAGCGUCCGAGUUGUCCUACGGUCUGCAAAGCUGCGGGCUUUUCCCGGUCCUGAGCAAACGCAAUGAGGGAGGAGGAUCGCCGGGCGGCAUGGUGCCCUCGUCGCACCCUUACAUGUCGGGCAUGGAGGUCUGGCUAGACGGCCCCAGGUCGUGUCGCAUGGAGCAACCGGAUGGUCCGCCGCCCCCGAAUCACCAGCCGCAGCCCCAGCCCCAGCAGCCGCAAGCCCAGCAGAACCAGCAGCAGCAGCCCCAGAACCAGCAGCAGCCCCAGAGCCAUCACCACCAGCAGCAGCCGCAGCAGCAAGCCACCUCUUGCUCCUUCGCUCAGAACAUCAAAGAGGAAAACUCUUAUUGUCUCUAUGAUUCCGACAAAUGCCCCAAAAGUUCAACGGCCCCCGAGCUGGCCUCCUUCCCCCCGCGGGGCCCUCCCGAAGUCUGCGCCCUCAACAGCAGCAACGGCGGCGGCGGGGGCGGGGGUGGCGGAGUGCCGGUCCCGGGCUACUUCCGCCUGUCUCAAGCCUAUGGCACCGGCAGCUCCAAGAGCUAUAACGCAGCGGCCGCCGCAGCAUCGGGGGCGCAGCUGGGCACCCCCCAGUUCCCCCAGCAGCCCCAAGUUCGCUUCGACUCGCCGCCCGCUCUGGCUUCGGUCUCGGCUGAGACGGGCAGGAAGGAAAGCUCCCUAGAGUCGCCUCCGCCCACGGCCUUAGCUUGUGGAUCCCAGGCGGAGGAAGAGACACAGGCGUCGUCCUCCGCGGCAGAGGAACUGUCCCCCGCUCCCUCGGAGAGCAGCAAGCCCUCUCCCGAGAAAGAGCCCAUAGGCAACGCCAAAGGUGAGAACGCGGCUAACUGGCUCACGGCGAAGAGCGGCCGGAAGAAGCGAUGCCCGUACACCAAGCACCAGACUUUGGAGCUGGAGAAGGAAUUUCUUUUCAACAUGUACCUAACUCGAGAGCGGCGCCUAGAGAUCAGUCGCAGCGUCCACCUCACAGACAGACAGGUUAAGAUCUGGUUUCAGAACCGACGGAUGAAACUGAAGAAAAUGAACCGAGAGAACAGAAUCCGGGAGCUCACAGCCAACUUUAACUUUUCUUGAUGAGCCUCCAAACGACCACCAUGUUUUGACGGUGAAAAGAGCCAGUAACCCUUCUUCCUAGGCGCUAGAGAUUCGCACCUGUAUCACCCGGAGUCAGGAGUUUGUUUCCCCCCCCCCACCCCUUUCUCCAUUCUCCAACUAUCUAUAGCAGCUUUUCAAGACGAGAUUUGGGUGGGGAUUGUUUGCUUUGUCUUGUUUUCUGGGGGUGAAUGGGGUGGGCACGCCUCCAAAACAAACAAACAAAUAAAACGGGCAGCCACGUCAAGCGACGUCUUGGGCCGAGCUUGCUCGCCUCUCUUGGUCUCCACUCCUUCCACGAGCCAAGUGUCAUCUCUCAGAGGGCUGCGCGUGUCUAGGCAGGCUCCGAGUCCAGGCGACCCUGGAGACAAGAGUGUACUCAUUGUAAGCGCUAAGGUGUCUGUGGGGGAGGUAACGGGUGAGUAGUCGAGGCUUUCCAUUUUGGUCGCGUUCAAAUCAGAGUUGGGGUGAGGGAUGUGUGUGAGAGAGAGACUGGUUUUUUACCUUGUCGUUCCUAGUUUCUUGCUUUCUUUCUUUCCGAAGAGAAGGUCUUCACCACCACGAACACGCAGGGUGAAAACGAGGGCGUGACUUUGUCUAGGGUGAGAGAGGAGGGAGAGAUGGAGAGAGGGAGAAAGAGGGAGAGAAAGAGCGGAGUUCCUUCUCUCUUUUCUCGGCCAAACUAUCACAGCUUUAAACAUGGAGCAGGAAAGGGAGACCUCUCUUGGCUCCAGCCAAGGUCUUGUGCUGCUCUGGCAUUAAAUGUUCACACUUACCUCUGACUCCUGCUAUCUUCCCUGUUGUAGAUAGUGACAUAAUGUAGUUUUGCUUAUUAUAUUAUGUGGAAUUAGUGGAUUUUUUGUCUCUAAGUAAUGUUACCACUGGUAGCACGUGACAAGCACACACAACUGUCCCUGCCUUAUGGGGAGGGGGGAGUAAAUUUCGCUUUUAUUUUGCUCACUGAAAUUCAUGGAACCCUUCAGAGGACUCUAGCAGAAGGGGUAGAAGAGAGAAAGGGAGACAUUGUUCGGAUUUCCUUUAUACUGUGAAGUUACAUGCAUAAAAGGGUCAAACCUGUAGGUGCAGAAACAAAGAGAAGUCUAAGUACAAAUCUGUAUAAAUGUCUAUUAUUAAAGAAUUGCCAAUACUGUUUGAAGCAAAUGCAUUCUAUCGUUAUUAUAAAUGUUAGUCCUAGCUCUAUUUACUUCUUACCUUAAAUCAGAAUAAAUUAAUAUUGUAAUGCUGCUGU